UUCAAUUUUCCAAAUGAACAGAGGGGUACUGUUCUCCUUCUGUAUGAACGGUUCACUUUGUCGUUAGUUCUUCGUUCGAGGUUGCUUUUUGUUUUCUUGUCUGGUUCUUGCCAGAUAGAGGGAUCAGUGUGUUUGCCGUCGACAUUUUUUUUGUGAUGAGCCCGCUUGUUACUUCGGUGCUCGAUGAUAUAGACGGUGGUAAGAAAAGCGGAUUCCCCUCGCAUUCUGUUCCACAUCACGGCCAAAUUCGUAUGGAAGAACCAUCGACAACUCCUGCAGGAGUUGUCAAUGAUGGUGGUGGUGGUGGUGCUGCUGCUACCGGUGAUCUGCUGUCACUCGAUAGCGAGAAAUUUGUGCCCUUUGUUAGAAAUGAUCUUUAUGGCACGAAGGGGGAGGGGGCAUUAGGAUUGAUUGACCGGCUGCGGCUGUUCGUAGCUGCAUGUACACUGCUACCAAUCCGAAUUCUUGGCUCCAUCUUUUUUGUUGUUCUUUAUUAUGUUAUAUGCCGUCUUCUCACCUCGCCCUCCCCUACUGCUGGUUCUAGUGGAAAAUUAGCAGUUGUGGAGCUGCAGGGUAUAAGACGAACAAUCAUUAAGUGCUCCGGUCAAUUCUGCGCCAGAGCGGUUUUGUUUAUAUGUGGUUUUUAUUACAUCAGAGAAAGCAGGCGACCACGGGUGGGAACAACAGUCGAAGACGCUCGUGUCCCUCAUUCUGGAGCUAGCACCAGUGCCCAGUUUUGUUCACAAGAGUCCGGAAAAAGGAAUAGCUCAGGAACCGCAACGGUGGAUGGGAAUGGUGAGGGCGAUGCUGGCGACGCGUGCGAUUGGCCCACUGCUAUUGUGUCAAAUCACGUCUCUUGGGUCGAUAUUCUCUACCAUAUGUAUGCGUUUUACCCAAGUUUUGUCGCCAAGGAAUCUGUAGCAGGUAUUCCAUUAGUUGGUCUCAUCAGCAAGUGUAUGGGUUGCAUAUUCGUCAAACGCGAAGGCGUAAGAGUGAAGGGCACGUCAACCCUGGUCCUUGACCGGUUGAUAUCUGUGCAGAAGAACAAGCACGCGCAGCCGAUGCUGCUUUUCCCGGAGGGAACGACAACAAAUGGGGAGUACCUCCUGCCCUUUAAAACAGGGGCAUUCCUGGCGCAGAGCCCAGUCUUGCCUGUCCUGCUCAGGUAUCCACACAGACGUCUCAGUCCAACCUGGGAGACCAUAACGGCAACGAGGCACAUCUUUCUUUUGAUGUGUCAGCUCGUCAAUCGUCUGGAAGUUACAAUCUUCCCCACCUACAUUCCGUCCGAGAAGGAGCGCCUUGAUCCACGUUUGUACGCUGACAAUGUGAGGCUAAUGCUCCUGAGGGAAGGUGGCCUUAGAGCCUCAAAAAGUGGCCUCCGCGAAAAGCGCGUAUACCAGGCCUUGCUCUGCGGAGAAACCCCAUCCAUUGAACGAAACGAAAAGCUCGAUUGAUGUGCUCCUCUUCCUGUGGUAUUGCGGUUUUGGUCAAUGUGCCCGCCAUCUGCUUUUGAAGCUGGAGGGAAGGCCACUGCAAAACUUGCAAUUGCUGAAUUUUACAAAUACAUGUUGCCAGGCCCAGCAUUUCCCGGGGAAGCUCUGUCUCUCUGUGCGUAUGCGAAAGAUUGACUGAAGCACAAAAUUUCUUCACUGCUCUUCUGCAGGCUGCCAUGCAGCUGCAAGACUAAAGUAAUUUGUUUUUUUUCCCAUCGUACAUGUAGGUAUGCCCCAUUGUUCGCAUUGUGGGGCGAGUGAUGGUGCCAUCGCUGACAUAAUUACCACGUCUCCUCUUUUAGUGAGCUGUUGUUUCACAGUGGCAGUCAGUGACGUAGUUAUUCUACCUCAGCAUUUCAGGAGCUGUGGUGUUACGGCAGUUUCAGUAGUGUAAAUAUUAUUAUUAUUAUUUUUUUUUUUUUUCUAUUUCAGCUUCGGUGAGCAGUCUGAUGUCUGAUGGGCGGCGAUUAGUGUCAUAGUUACUGCUCGCCAGCUGUUGGUGAAUAGUGACAUAGUUAUUGCUCACCAGCUUCGGUGAGCAGUCUGAUGUGGAGGAGGAGAAAUAGCAUGUGUGGUAGUGGUUCAGAGAAUAGAUUGCAGAGUAUGGCCAAGAGCUGCCACCAGAGUGCAAGCAUCGAUACUCUUUCAAGAGGAUUGAAGCUUUCAUGCCAGGUCAUCCACGCCUUCUGGUCAUCCACGCCUUCUGCCGGCUCCUAUGUACUCUGCAUCUUGACGUAGUCAUCGCUCGUCAGCUUCGGUGAGCAGUCUGAUGGGGAGGAGGAGAAACAGCUUGUGUGGUAGUGACUCAGAGAAUCGAUGGCACAGUAUGGCCAAGAGCUGCCACAAGAGUGCAACAAGUAUCAGUACUGUUUCGAAGAGGAUUGAAGCUGUCGUGGCAGUUUGUCCGGUUCUAUAUACUGCGCGUCUUCUUUGGAUUUGGAGAGCACCUCCAUUCAGGGCUCAUACACCUCCACCAAAUGCUUUAACCAUGGGCCUUGCUCCACUGCAUGACAUUUUAGACGUAUGUGGAUUUACAGUGGCCGCGACACAUUUCAAAUGAUUUAUCAGUCUGAAUGUAUUUGGUUCAUCACACAGUCUUCAUAUGUGUCACAAAUGUCGAGUAGUGGAGCAAGGUCCAAUAUCCAUUGUUGCAGAAGGUUGCAACGAAAAGUGAAAACUGGAAAAGAGUGAAGAAGGGAGAGGGCGGCAGAAGGGCCUCGGACACGAGGUGUUUGUCAAAGUGAAAACUUGUUGUCUGAAACCCCGGACGGUCCAUCAAUUAACAGAAUUUAUAAAAAAUACAAGCUGGGUCUUAGCCUGGCCUGGAUAUUUUGAAACAGGUCAAUUUAACACUACCACAAAAGACUCUCGCCCACUCGAGGAGCCUUUGAUUGCGGCUUGCAGGACAUUGUGGAGUCGAGGUACACCACAAAUGUCCUCAGCCUCCUGACCUGUGAAGUAGUCGGUGCUGUGCCGGGCUACGAUAAAUGUAACUUGACUGU